AUGAACUACCCCUUAACCCUGGACAUGGACUUCAUCAUCAACUACAACCUGGAGGACCUGUUCCAUCUGGUCAGUGUGUGCUCCCAGCCCAGCGUGGAGAGGGCUCUGCCUUGUCCUGGAGUGUCCCCCAACCUGUCCCCACGCCAGGGUGGAGAGUAUGCUCACAGCAGCCACAGCAGCCGGGCCAAUCGGCCUCUUUUACAGACGAAAACUGAAGCGGGAAAAGGCGCUCAGAGCAAUGUGGUCAAGGACACCCAGGGAAGUUGGGGUGUGGUCAGUGGGACAGCAGGGAGUGCAGGCAAGAGCAGUCAGUGGGGGAUCAGGACAAUCUGUGGGGAGUCGGGACCCCUCUCCAGGGAGCAAGGCGGGUCCUCAGUUCUCUGCCUUCCUGUCUCCUCACUCCUGCGACCCAAGGAACUAGGAAACUACAGCGACAGCACGGAGACCGCCCCCGUGGAAAACCACAUCUGCUCGGCGGCCGAGGGGCCCCUCCUCACCUCCUUCAAGGCCGUGUUCAUGCCCGUGGCCUACGGCCUGGUCUUCCUCCUGGGGCUGACGGGCAACAUCCUGGUGCUGGCGGUCCUGGAGCGGCACCGGCACACGCGCAGCUCCACCGAGACCUUCCUGUUCCACCUGGCGGCGGCCGACCUGUUGCUGGUGCUCAUCCUGCCCUUCGCCGUGGCCGAGGGCUCGGUGGGCUGGGUCCUGGGCGCCGUCCCCUGCAAGGCCGUGAUCGCGCUGCACAAGGUCAACUUCUACUGCAGCAGCCUGCUGCUGGCCUGCGUGGCCGUGGACCGCUACCUGGCCAUCGUGCUGGCCGUCCACGCCUACCGCCACCGCCGCCGCCUCUCCGUCCACGCCACCUGCGCCGCCGUCUGGCUGGCGGGCUUCUUCCUCUGCUGGUCGCCCUACCACGUGGCCAUCUUCCUGGACACCCUGUCCCGGCUGCGGGCCGUGGGCGGCAGCUGCGCGCUGCGCGGCUACCUGUCCGUGGCCAUCACCGUGGGCGAGUUCCUGGGCCUGGCCCACUGCUGCCUCAACCCCGUGCUCUACCGGGUGCUGGCCAAGCUGGGCUGCGCGGGGCCCGCCACCCUCUGCCAGUUCCUCCCCGCCUGGCGCAAGAGCAGCCUCUCCGAGUCGGAGAACGCCACCUCCCUCACCACCUUCUAGGUCCCAGCCCCCCUUCUGCUUUGACUUUCUUGAGGGGCACCCUGACUCUGGGAAUUUCGCAGG